ACUGUGGCGGCCAUCUUGAGCGCAGGUGAUCGAACUCGAAAACUGUAUAGCGAGUCUUUAUUCGUCUUUUUCUUCUUUUGAGAUGAUUAAGGCGAUACUUGUAUUCAACAACCAUGGGAAACCUCGGAUGACGAAAUUUUUUGUGCAUUAUGUGAGUAGCCUGCCUUCUUUAGUAGCCUUUGUCUUCUUCUUUACUAGCUAUGCAUCAAUUAAUACACUAGAAUGCCGUUGAUAAGGGAGAAAACUGGAUGAAAUAGGAAGAAAUUAACGUAGAAAUGAUUCAAAUUCACAUCUCUUAAACCAAGGAGCUUGUGCGUAUUUGUGUUGUUCAAUAUCUUAUUGUAUAAUUGCAAUCAGAAUCAAGGGUAGCCUAUUUAAAAAAAAAAUUUUUUCUUUGAGUGUUAAAAGUGAUCCUUGACGACAAUCGUUUUUUCGUCCUCAGGAUAGUCUCUUUUCUUUUGAGGAAAUAAAAAGAAAUCGAACCACCUAUACUGAUCACUUUCAAAGCUUAUUAGAGCAAUCAUGUUUUGAUUACUCACAUUGUCUUAUACAGUAGAAGCCCAAGUUCCCAAGAAUAUAUAGAGAUACAUAGUAUUUUUUUUCUCUGGCUGAGUUUCAAGGCUACUGAACAGUAUGAGAAUCCAUGCCUAAAGAGUAUUAAACUUUUUGACCUUGAAAUUAUUGAAGCUAAUUCUUGGGCAUUUCCAGAAACAAGAAAAAGCCUGUGUGUAUAUCAGUGUGUAAGGACUGAACCAAAUGUGCAAAAUUAACUUGCACAUUCAAAGCAGUUUUUGGAGUUUAAGAAUCAGAGAUUGAUUUGUAUGCUUGAGUUUUUAUUUCAUGCUUACAAACAUGAACCUUGCUUGAAAGAAGGUCUACUACUAAUCAUAAAGAUGAUCAAAUUCCAACUCCUUUUGUUAAUUUUGUUUCAGUCUGAGGACAUGCAACAUCAAAUAAUAAGAGAAACAUUUCACAUAGUCUCAAGAAGGGAUGACAAUGUUUGUAAUUUCUUAGAAGGGGGAACGUAAGUAACUAUAUUUGUAUUAUCUUAAGUUUGUUUUUUGUUUCUUGAAGUCAAUUUGCAGUAAAUGGUUUGAACUCAGAAAUAACAUUUGAUUAUGUGUUCUGAUCAUACUAGUGAGAGUAGACCCAAGAUGGGCUAUUGUUGGUAGUGGUGAUUGAUGUUUGAACAACCUGAGAGUCGUUGAUGAUGAAUUCUGCUGAGGUUAUCAAAACUUCACUUGCUAAUGCUUACAACAAUUCUUCUCUGGACCACUCUCACUAAGACCCCUAGACAGCAUAAUGAAAUGCAAGUUGUUAUGUAUCAUUUUACUUUGAAAUAUAUUUGUAAUAGAUCAAAGCUUUUGAUCAAUUUUCAUAAUAAUGCCUUGGAAACUUACAGUCAUGGUUGAUUUUAGGUUGAUUGGUGGUUCUGACUUCAAGAUUAUUUACCGACAUUACGCUACGCUUUAUUUUGUGUUCUGUGUGGAUUCAUCAGAGAGUGAGCUAGGAAUACUUGAUCUCAUACAGGUAAGUUGAAAUAUGAAAUCAACACAGCUUCAACAUUGAACUUUGGAGUAAGCCUAUUUACUGCCACAGUUAAAAAUCAUUUUGAAAUUUUGAGAGAACUUAAAAGCAGUGGGUUUCCAAAGUCCUGAAAUUUUUUCUCUUAAGUACUCUAAUUUUCUCCUUUAUUAAGCAGUCACCUCUAUCAAGCAGUCCUGGUCACCCUUUACCAAGUCAUAACAGCCUGUUUGUAUUGUCUUCCACCUGUAAUGAAUGUUCACCUGUGGCAGAAGACUAAUAAAACUAAGAAUAAUUUUCAAGUAAACUUUCAUCCUGAAAUCAAUGUCAAUAGCAUUUUUGAGUGAGUUUUUGUUCAUUAAGCUGUCAAUUAUAGCAUGAAAUGGCAUAUUUUUCUUUUUUUGUAUCCCUUUUCUGCAGCACCUGUAUAAGCGGUCAACCUGUAUUAAGCAGUCAUCCCACUUUUCCUGGAGGGUGACCACUUAAUACAGGUUGGACUGUAUUGUGAACACCAUGAAAAAGUGAUGGUUAUGUCCCUUUAUAUUUUUAUUUGAUCAAUGAUUAAUGGCCUUUUUUGUUUCUUCUAGGUAUUUGUGGAAACUUUAGACAAGUGUUUUGAAAAUGUCUGUGAGCUGGAUCUUAUAUUUCAUAUGGACAAGGUAUGCAAACAGAAGCAUGUAUUAUGUGCUCAAUUUGAAAUUUUUAAGCAGACGUGUAUAUGGUGUAGUUUGAAGUUAUCUUAGGUCGAAACAAUUCAAGCAACCUCUAGUUUAAUUUGCAUUUUUCUGUGUUUCAUACAGGUUCACUUUAUUUUACAAGAGAUUGUAAUGGGUGGUAUGGUACUAGAAACAAACAUGUCUGAGAUUUUAACCCACAUUGAGGCACAGAAUAAAUUAGAAAAAUCAGAGGUAAGAUGCAUCUUCAAAGUUAUGAAUGAGUAAUUGUUUUUGAAAGUGUCAUAUUUCAUGGUGCACAUGCAUACAGUCUUCAGGCAAUUCUGGUUGAAUGUUUGGGUUGACAAGAAAUUGUAGGUACACCCACAGAUUGCUAAUGUAAUUUAAAAAGAGAUCCUGAUUUAAGUUGUGAUUUCUCUCUUUCCAUAAUCCUUAUUCAAAUUGGAAAGAAAAUGGCACCAAGUCUAUCUUACAGAGAUUGCUGUCAUUUGCAAGGAAGCAAUUCAGUGACCUGUGUUUGUUGGUCACAGGUAGUUAACUGUCACUAACAGUAGUGUUUCCAUCACUAAGUGAUUGUAUUCUUAAGUUAAGAAGAUAAACUGAUUCCCUUUUCACUCUUUACCAAGGCUGCUGAUACUUCUUACCAUAAUGAUGUUAAAUUGUUUUCUUGUUCCUAGGCUGGAAUAAGUGCUGCACCUCAGAGAGCAAUGUCUGCUGUUAGAAAUAUCAGUCCAAACCUACAUAAUCUUCCCAAACCUAAUAUAAACCUACCAUCCAUGAAAUCACUCCCACACAUAAACUUACCCUCCUUCAAGUAGAAUAACAAAUGUUCUAUUUUUCUAAUUAAAAUGACAUAACUGUUGUUGAUAAUGAUACAUAGAAUGAAAUAAUUUUAUUUUCAUGUACAGGUUGUUACAGUUGUAGGUAGCUUAGAGUUACAUAGGGUAGUAUUGGUAACAGGAGAAAUUAUAAUCUAGGGCCGAGUUGUUCAAAGCUGGGUUAAUAUAAUCCAGGGUUAUUAUGAAGUUUGUUUUCAGAUCUGAAAGCUUUAAAAUGAAAUUCAGUAGAAUUUUUUUUGGUUACAAUUUGGUGAUUGGAUACCCCACAAAGAACACUUAAGUAAAAAAUUAUCCCACAUAGGCUUUUGAACAUAGGAAAAAAAGAAACUCAGUUUAUAUUUUAUCCAUGGGUUAGCACUAAUCAGCCUUCGAACAACUGGGCCUAGGUCUGUAAUGCUGCGAGUGUUUCUGGGGUCCUAGACAAAUCUUGGGUCUCAAAGAUGGAGUACUUUUGCAAACAUUGAUGUCCCCUAACAUUAUAUUAAAACAAUUUAAAGUCAAGAUUGCUACCCUGGUGUUUAAGAUUUAUAGCUGUCAAUGGGCACUCACCAUUGGUCAGAACUGUCUUAUCAGACUGCUUAAUUUUAGUGAGCUUUUUUUUGUUUUGUUUUUUUUUUCCCAAUCAAGUGUUUCUCCAUAUUUCCAAGAAAAAGUUAUCCAAGAAUAGGGUUCACAAUUUUUAGACUGACAGAUUUGAUGAGUUAAUUAAGAGUUACAACUGGAUUUGUGAAAUAGGUUGGCCAGCCUGGCUUCUCCGUUUUGACUUAUGGUGUGAAACUAAUACAAUUGUUUAAGAAAAAACCUUGGUGAUGCUAUCUUUGUUGAAUUAAACUGCUAGAUGUAAAUGCCUGUCUUCAAGGCCAAGUCUUGAUUUAAUACUGGGGGCAGUCAGCAAAUUAUGUAUGAUAAAAAUGGUAUUCACAAAUGUACACUAUAAAUGGAGGGUUGUUCAAAUUGGAACACUUAAAACUAAAGUUGCCUAGUCUGUGUGCAUAAGCAGUACUAUAGUAUCUAAAGAAAGAGCUGAAAAAGUCCAAUAAGAGCAUUUUUUGUUAAACAAAUGUUAAAAGUAAACUAGGAUUGUAGUGGUUUUGCAUGAUUAUGUUCUCAUGAUUUAUCCAGAACACUCCUGCCAUCUUUCAAACCAACAAGUUGCAAUGAAAAUAAAAAAGAAUCAUGCCUUCUUUGCAUGUUCCUGAACUUGAGCCAGUUCUUUC